AUGGCCGACCCUCUUUCUUUAGCAGCGAGUAUUGCCGGCUUGAUCUCACUGGCCGAUGUCAUCUUCAGAACCACAUACAAAUUCAUUAGAGCGGCCAAAGAUGCGAAGGAUGAGAUUCAGAGCCUGGUAGACGAGAUCAACAAUCUCUCGAGUGUGUUGCGAAACCUCGAGGCUUUAACAGCAGAUCUUGAGAAUGAGGGACAAUCCUCCGACCCUACGUUGAGGAACCACUACCUUAAUCACUGCCACAGGACAUUCAUCAAAAUUGAAUCGAGAGUCAAGAAAGCCUCCGACAGCUUCAAGAAGUCCAAGUUUGACGGUAUCGUUCGACAGCUGAAAUGGCCCUUCUCAGCCUCAGAAACGAAAGAGCUUCUGGCUGAGCUGUCUAGACACAAGGAAACCAUCAGUGUUGCCUUACUUGCCGACUCAAUGCGGAAGAUACAACUGUCGCUUUCAAAGUCCGGUGAUAUAGACAAGAAGAUAAUGGCUUUAGGAGAGGUGGCAAGAAGGAUUGAGAUCAACACCACGAUAGUCGUCAACAAACGGAAAAGGCGCAUCCUAACUCAUUUUAUGAAAGCAAAUCCACAACCCGCACUACAAACAAGUAUCAAGCUUCGCCAUUCCAUGACUGGGCUUUGGUUGACCGAGUCGCCGACUUUUAUUCGCUGGCUCGAAACACCAGGCUCCAAGCUGUGGCUGACUGGCAUACCUGGAGCGGGAAAAACAAUCCUCGCUGGCUCCGUGAUCCAGGAAACUCUUUCUCACAGUUACGCUUCUCGCAGGACAGGAGUGGCAUUUUUCUUCUGCGAUUACAAGGAUCCAGAGACAUGGAAGAUCGUUAACAUCCUCGGCGCACUGGCUUCUCAACUUGCUCGUCAAAGCGAUGAGUGUUAUAACGGCCUGGACACGUAUUAUGAAAGACUGAACCCUCCAGGAGCGCUCCCACAGACUGCUGAUGCAGAAGAACUACGAGAUCUGAUCGGUAAAAUGUAUGAGAGCUUUGACCAAACUAUCAUUGUGGUUGAUGGUGUAGAUGAGUGUGAUGAUCUGGCCGACGAAGUGGUUGACAGCUUGAUCCAAUUAGCCGAGGACUCUGAGCGUGUUUCAAUGGCUAUUUUCAGCCGCGAUCACGUCAAUAUUCGUAUGCGCCUCGAAGAGGACUUUGAGCCCAUCCAAAUAGCGGCACAUAGAGAGGAUGUUGAACUCUAUGUAAAUGCCGAAGUUGACAAGAGGAUCCGCACACGACAACUGCAGUUGGCCAGUGUGGAUAUGAAAGAGGAGAUCCGGAGCGCGUUGGUAUCUAAGGCCGAUGGGAUGUUCAGAUGGGUAGUUUGCCAGCUUGACUACCUGUGCAACUGUGCUCACGACCAGGAGCGCCGCGAAGCUUUAAGCAAGCUCCCUCCCGACCUACCUGAGAGUUACCACCGUCUCCUUGAGAAGCUCAAUGACUGCUCUCUUGGAGUGCAAAACAUGGUUCAAAUGUGUCUUCACUUCAUGGCUGUAGCAGAGCCAAAGUUGACGAUAGUCGAGCUACAGCAGGCGGUUUCAACCCUACCAAUCGGAGGAAAGCUAGACCAAGGCAAUACUGUACCGGAAUACGAAAUCCUGAAUAGGUGUAGCAGCCUCAUUCGGAAAUCCACUGAUGGAAAGUACUUCGAAUUCGCCCACUUCUCUGUCCGCGAAUUCCUGGAAGACGAGAACGCAAUAUGCCAACAUGCCGGGAUAGAAAAGUACUGGAUAGCUCAACAUACCACAAACUCGCUUCUUACUUCGCAGUGUCUGCGAUUUCUUCAAAUGGAGAACUUUGAUAAGUGGCCCAGCGAAGAAGUUUCAGCCACUCGUCAAAGAGACGACACAUACCCGUUCUACAGGCAUGCGGCUCUCUUGUGGAUCAAGCUCACGAAAGAUGGGCUCGGUGACUCAAACAUUCUGGAUUUAGCGAAGUCUCUUUUUCAGCCUUCGAAGCGUGCAUAUUUCAUGUGCUGGGCUAUUGAGGUUCUUAAGAAAGUCACAUAUGCUACUGGCACUCGGUCAGCCCUGAGCGAAAAACAGGCCAGAAGAAUAGUGACCAACCCUUCGUUUCAGCCACUGCAUAUGGCUGCUGCUUUGAAUCUUCCAGAGAUAUGCGGAUUUCUGAUAUACAAUGCUUCAGAUGUGAACCAGAAACUUGAUGCAGCAACCCCUCUCGACCUUGCCUUCAUGUCUAUUUUGGCAGUUCCUGGACUGCCAGAAACGAGCGGGAAAAAUGAGCUACAUCGUGAUCUUCUGACCAAUGGAAGAAACCAGUUCCUGCCCUCAUCCCAGCGGAGAAAUACGACGAUUGACUGCCUGAUAAGCGCUGGAGCAUAUUCUUCAGAUCAUCUGAUACCCCCCAACACGCUCUCUGUCUUCUCUAUAACCUGCGUAUUUGCAUCGCUAUUUAAUGAUUUGUACCCUGUACUUCGGUGCUUGUCUUCUCGAAUCCUGCCGUCUGUACCAGACGUCAAGGUUCUUCAAGAAUGGCUCGUGGCUACUAGUACAUCAAACUAUGUGGCAGAAGUGUCGACUCGCAUGCUUUUGAAAUUCCUCAGUUCAACUGGAGCAUACAAUAAAGACUGGGGUGCUGAGCUGGGUAUCAUUGUUUGGAGUUGGGCUCAAGAAUGCGACUUCUCCCUGACAAGAGACUUGAGUUUGGUUGGUUCUUGUGACCUGAUGUCGGAUGACGCUUUGGUUUCCCAACUGGUCUCAGCUAUUUGCAGCGACAAUACCGAGUUGCUCAAGUACUGUUUUAAAGACAGGCGACUGAAGAAUCAAGUCCGAUACUCGGGAUUGGUUAAUGGGCUCUUACACCUGGCAAUCAAAUACAACGCCUUUGACAACUUCGAAGCCUUGGUUACUGCAGGUUUCGAUCCUUAUACCAAGAACGAGGAAGGAAAGCUACCGAUUCAUCUGUGUGAGCCCCGUGGCAGGCUACGCCUUUGCAAGGUCUUGAAGCAUCUGGGAAUAUGUCUUAUGAGCCAGGACAAUGAGGGCUACAACAUCUUGCAUUACUGGGCUCAGGACCGUCCCUUGGACUAUCAGUUUGUCAGUGAUAUCUUCGAUUUGGAUGCAGAGGAGGCGAUCAAGGGGCUUCAGUCGAGGUCACAUUAUGGUGAUACGCCUUUGAUUGUGAUAUUCGAAAGUGCCGGAGAGAGCCCAAGGAGUGAACACCGCGAUCUUGACUUGAAUAAGCUAUGCCUUCAAAUUCUAGGCUUUUUGCAGAGAUACCGCAGAGCAAAGGGCAUGGACACGAGCUUAGGGACCGAACAAAGCGUUUAUUCUCUGAAGGGAACCUUUAUCGAGUUCGACAGUAUGAUAGGAACUGAACCAACACCAUUACACAAACUGAAAGCUUGGGUCUCUUUUGACCAGGUGCAGUUACUGACUAAGCUUUAUCCCCAAGCGCUUACUUCAAGAGUUGAUGGUAGAUUACCGCUUGAGAGGUACAUCACCAAUACGCUCGACGAUCGCGUGUUCCCAGAUAACGGUAUCAUCGAGGCCCUCCUCCCCGACAACCUGGACGACACUGGAUCUAGGGAAACCCAGAGCUUGUGGAGCUUUAUGUGUGGCCUACCUGAGAAUGAGGGGUUUAAUAAAGAACAAUACACCAGAUCAAAAGAAUUCGAAACCAUGAUAAAGAUCGUGUUCGAAAUCGGAGCGAUGCGCAACCAUGAGAAACAGUUCAAAGAAAGUGGACUGAAGCUACUACUGUCCAACUACCAAUUCUCGUUGAUGCCAACGAUUCGCGAUGCUAUUCUGCAAACCAAUUACUGGGAUGGCCUACAAAGCUCUGACGAAAUAUCUGUGCUGUUUCAAGAUGUGAUAAAGAAUGCCAACCUCGAUAUGAUACGGCUACUCAAUGAAAAUGGAGCCGACCUCCAUCACCGUGUCGAUGGAAAAACACCUUUUGGAAUUGCAUUCCAUGCUCGCGUUGCGAUUGAUCUCUGCAGCACCGAAGACGGAGCUACAGCUCUCAGGAAGCUAUUAGAACGUUCCAGUGUUGAAGAGGCAAUGAAGGAACACAUCGAAAUAGAUAGGGCGUCACCUCUCCAUACAAUUGCUACAUUAGAAGACGCAAAGGACAUUCUUUGGUUGGCGGAGGCACUUGUGCAACAUGGGUUCGACAUAAACUAUGUCGGCUCAGGCUCAUAUGCCGCGACUCCGCUUGUAUAUCACCUCCAACAGUCCUCUUUACAAUUUGCAGAACGACUGCUAGAAUUAGGGGCCGAUCCAUAUCUGAGCGUUCCUUCGUUCUAUAAUGGGGUACUUACAUGUAUAGCCACCGAUAAUUUGGCAUUCCUGCAGAAAAUUGUCAGUCACACAAAUGAGUUCGGGACUUCGUUUCCAUGGUCUGAUCCGGUGACCUUUGGAGUCCAAAACUUUGGUCAGCAGGCUGUGAUCAGUAAUGGGACCGCCCUACACAUGGCUGCGGCGUGCAAUAGUGUUGCUUGCCUAGAGUACAUGCUGAACUAUGUCUCGGAACCGGAAAAGACUCCGAUAUCAGAUGAAGGGCUUUCUCCGGUCCAUAUCGCUGCCUAUGGAGGAUUCGUGGAUGCUGUGAAGCUUCUUCUGGCAAGAGGGUUCAACGCAAUGGGAGAAAGCCAAUUCGGCUUCAGCCCAUUGCACAUGGCUGUCUUCGGCGGACAUCUCCCCGUCGUCCAAUGUUUGAUUGAGCAUGGCGCAUUCCAAACCUUGGAUAAAAAUGGUAUGAGCCCGGGUAAGACCUCCUUGGAGCUUGGACUCAAUGAAAUUUACGAAGUCUUGGAAGGGGACCCCUGGGGUGGCUACAAACAAAUUUCAUCUAUCCAAGAACUUGCGGAAUACGUGGAACCAACAAAGCGUCUGGCAUUGGCGUUCGAAAGAGCCAUAGACGAAGAUGACGAUGAAAGUAUGAUGCAGUUGAUUGAUAAAGGCUGCUCUGUUGAUGUUCUCCUCCCAUCAAGACCUGGAUUAUCCGCUCUUCUGGUAGCUUUGGACGAUGGCAACUUUGCUAUGGGCAAAUGGCUGUUAGAGAUAGGAGCCAGUGCACUACAAGCGGAUUGUAACGACGAGUUCGGGAAAAGCGCCAUUGAAUUAGCUGCUAGCCUGCGAAGCCUCAAUCGUUUGCUACCGGAAUUGUUCUUGAAAUACCUCAGGCAAGGCGGCGAUUUGAGAUUCGGGUGUGAGUUUCCAUUCCAUGAAGCAAUAGAUGUGCAGAACACGAAAGGCGUCGAGAUAUUGCUUGAAGAAGCAGAAAAUCACCUUCAUUACAUUGGACCUCCAGAAGCCUUCAAAGAUGUAUUGAACCGCUUGCUUCCGAUGGAAUUCACUUGUGAAACUAACUGGAAAACUUGGAAAUAUCGCGCAAAGAUGACGGCGCUACACAUCGCUGCGUGGAAUGGGAACAAGAAGGCAGUUUCACUUCUGGUAGAUAGGGGAGCGGAUAUCGAUGCAGCCGACUCGAAUGGCUGGACACCACUCAUAUUUUCGCAAGACGCUAGAAUGGCACAGCAUUUGGUCUCGCUUGGGGCAUCGAAAGCUGCAGCGUGCAGGUUCGGAUCACUCCCGUCAUUGAUCAACUGGUUCGGUGAUACUCUGUUCGAUAAAGCACACCCUGUCAGUUUAUCACGGUUACCAAAGGAGUUCUUCGCUGUAUCAGACCCGCCACGAUUUUCGACAAGAUGCGGCACAUUGCAACUUACCCCUGAAACUUUGAACAGUUUGCAUGAGCUCAAGCCUGAUCUGACGAGGGAGGAUGGGGCAGGUCGGAGUUUGAUGCAUUACAUCUUGGGCGAAGAAGAUCUAGUUGACUGGAUAAUGGAGCGUGAACAAGAUCUGAGCGGAACGACUCCUUUUCCGUGGCAUCUGGAGUGGUGUGAAUUUUCUGGUCUUGCCCUCCUAACAUCCUCAUUCGAGCGGCUUCGACAACGAAUGUCGGCUGACCUGUUCUGCGAAGUCCUGAAUCUUGAACCAUCGCGCGGCUGGAGCCCUUUAUGCCAUGCGGCUGCUUUGAACCGUGUUGAUAUUGUCGCGAAUUGCCUUGAUAUGGGUGCUGAUAUCAACUUCGAAGGUUCCUGUUUUGGAUCAGCGCUUAUGAAUGCGAGUGUUUGCGGGAGCCUGGAUGCUGUCAAGCUUCUCGCCCGCAAUGGAGCAUCGUUAACGUACAUGAGCAAGGAUGGCUUCAGAAGCUGUUUUUUAGUUGCUGGGACAGCAGCUGUCAGCGAAUGGCUUCUUUGUGGUCGAUUCAUGGAACAGAAGCGCCUUUCAGCUGAGGAUGAUGCGGACUUUGUUCAGGAAGUAGUUCCGUGGGGUGGAUAUAUAGAAGCCAAAGUGUUGCUUUACGGCAGAAGAGCCCGAUGGCGUGAAGAAUCGACGUUGGAUUAUGCGAAGAGAUUGUGGAAGAUGAAGAGGAGUUGGCAAGGGAAGGUUGUGCGAAUGAAUGUCGAAGAAACGGACUCGAGCUCGGGUACAGACUCAGAUACUGGAUCGGAAGGAGAAGCGAAAUCGGAUCAGAUGCAAAGUUUCUUGACGCGGAUCGGUGCUCUGAGAGCGCAAGACUCCUACUCAGAGUCGGAUUCCGACUUUUGGUCAGAUUCGUCUUUUUUAAAGGACAAAGAAGUCAGAAGAGUUUGA